CCUGGAUAUAUAUAGAGAGAGUUUUAUUUAUGCAAAAAGUUACUUCAAAUCUGAGGUUGAGUUCAGUAAAUAUCCCGCAACAUUUUAUAUACGUACAAUGCAUUUUACUUGCCACCACAUGGGACGUGUAAAAUUUGGAUGAUAUUAAUUUAGUCAUCGCGUUGUGAUUUUCAGUGUUAAACAAAUUAACUAACAUUUAACACUACUUUUUGAGGAUACAAGUGACUUACAGGACAGUAAGAAUUAAUGACGGAAAAAGUUUUGUCCUGAAAGAGAGGAAUAUAUUUAAGAAGUGUUUUAAGUGUAUACAAAUUGGCUGACGUUUAAUACUACAGAGGGCAUAAUAUACAAACAGGAUAGUAAGAAUGACGAAAAAAAGUUUUCACCUCAUAAAGGACUCCACUUACGAAAAUCCGGCUUACCAGGGAUCACAGACUCAGUUAAUGUCGGAAGAUCCGCACGAUUUCAAAGCUCCAAGAAAAAGAACCAGAUAUAUACUUUUGGCAGUGGUAUUUGUUUGUUUAGUGGCUCUCGUGGUUGGUCUAGCAGUGGGACUGACAAAGAAAGACAAGUCUGACACAUCACAGGGCAGCAAAGGAGAACAGGAAGGAAAAUCGACAUCAUCAACGCAAGUUCCCAAAACUACAACAGCUAAAGAUAGAUUAUCUACUCAACAAUCAUCAGCUGCAACGACUAAAGAUAGGUUAUCUACCAGUCCAUCGUCAAUACCUGACACUACAACGCAGCCUGUUGAUUGGCUGUCUACUCCAUGCUCCAAUCCUGUAUCAGCACCUCAGUGUCCAUGGAGACAGAACCCUUUACUGCUUGUGUCCCUGGACGGAUUUCAGGCAGAAUAUUUACUGAGAAAUCUAACGCCAACUAUAGAGAAACUACGAGACUGUGGGGUUCAUACGCCGUACAUGAGAGCUGUAUAUCCAACACUGACUUUCCCUAACCAUUACACCAUUGUCACGGGUUUAUACCCGGAGUCACAUGGCAUUGUGGGUAAUAGUAUGUAUGACCCACACACCAAUGCAUCUUUCUCAAUAGGGAGUAAGGAAAAAUUCAACUCUGCGUGGUGGGGUGGAGAGCCGCUAUGGGUAACUGCUAAAAAGCAGGGCAAAAAGACAGCCUCGUUUUUCUGGGUUGGAAGUGAAAUGAACAUUUCAGGGAUGCAGCCGGAUAUCUGGAAACAUUACAAUGGGAGUAUCUCUUACGAAGAUCGCGUUGACACUGUGUUGGGAUGGCUUGAAAUGCCCGAUGAAGACAGACCUGAAUUUAUCACACUUUAUUUCGACGAGCCAGAUCACGAGGGUCAUGGGUCAGGACCUAACAGCGAAAAGAUUAACUCUAUGUUAGAGCGGAUGGAUUCCAUAAUUCGUCGAUUAAUGGACGGGCUGCUCAGGCGUAAUAUGGACCACUGCGUCAACUUGAUAGUCCUGGCCGAUCAUGGUAUGGCAGACACAUCAUGUGAGAGACAGGUCGUGUUAGAUAAGUAUCUUGAUGGGGUUGGCGAUAUGUUGAUAUACUCCGGCACUACAGGACAUAUCAAUACAAAAUACAGAAAAGUCAGUAAAGUUGUAUACGAAAAUGAAAAUGUUGUACCAACAGAAGACGUCAUUAAAUCUCUACAAUGUAAGAACUCUCAUCUGAACAUCUUCUCACGGUCGUCGCUACCUGCCCGGCAUCACUAUGCUAAUAACGACAGAAUUGGCAAUGUUGUUCUAGACAUCGAACAAUCUUGGCUGGUAUACCCAACGAAAAGAAAAAGUUGUUUGAAAGGAAAUCAUGGUUACGACAACAUAUAUAAAAGCAUGCAUGCAUUGUUUCUGGCUCAUGGUCCUGAUUUUAAACAAAAUGUAGCUGUAGAUCCUUUCGAAAACAUCGAACUGUAUAAUCUGAUGGCAGACAUACUAAGGCUAGAGCCAGCACCAAACAAUGGUACAUCCGGAGCGCUCAACCACCUUCUACGCAAUCCUGUGAGUCCGUCUUCAGCAUCUUCUCUUGCUUAUCCAGUUUGCACGAUCUCAUCAGAAAUAAGGUCGAUUGGUUGUGUCUGUAAGGACACGACAGGACUGAACCCACCAAAUAAGCCCGGUGACGAGGUGUUCCCGUUCGGUGAACCUGCUGUUGUACACGGUGAAAGUACUUGUGUUCUCCAUGGAAACCACUAUUCCGCCUUCUACAGUAAAUUAUACAAAGCGCCGAUCUUAAGUUCAUUCACGCUGACUGCUGACCAAGUGCUUAGUUACAGUGAAGAUAUUGAUGAUUGCCUAAUACCUGACCCAAGACUUAGUUCCCAAGAUGAUCUUGACUGCUUGAAAUAUAAAAACGUGAACAGAAAUAUAGACUUUGUUCGUCUCUUUAAUCCAGGUUUCAUAACCAAAGAUGGAAAUUCUGAAGCACAAUUGUCGUCAAACAAAGUUCCAAUGUACACAGGGUUUAGAGAUGGUAUAUGGUCUUACGCUUGGCGUGUUAUAAAAGAAUAUGCUAUCAAAUACCAAACAAUUCAUGUAUCAGUAGGACCUAUCUAUGACAAUGAUUCUGAUGGUCAUAUGGAUGCAACGUUAACCAAUAAGACAACAUAUGUAGACGAGAACGCACUUAUUCCACUACCAAGCCAUUUCUAUAUGAUAUUGAUGAAAUGCUCUGGCAAAUUAUCCGGCAGCUUAUCCGAGUGUAUUUCAUCUGAAGAUGUUGAUGUUUUACCUAUAAUUUUACCACACCAAAAUAAGACAAAUAAUUGCCUGACAAACAAGGAUUUCCUGCUGAAUAAUGCUGCAAGAGUUCGAGACGUAGAACAGCUCACUGGUAUGAGGUUUUUGACAUCACUUGAAAAGUCAGAAGGUGCAAGGUCAAGGACAUUCCUUCCCCUGAAAAUGUGGCCGUCACCUCUGAUGACACCAUGGGAAGAUUUACCCUGUCCGAUAGAGAACGCAACUUGUCCAGCAGGAUCCAAACCAUUAUUGCUGAUUUCCUUGGAUGGGUUUCGAGCAGACUACUUAGGUCGACACUUGACCCCUACAGUUGAGAGGCUUGCUAAAUGUGGGGUUCACACACCUUACAUGAGAUCUGUAUACCCGACAGUUACCUUUCCAAACCACUACACAAUCGUUACUGGUCUGUAUCCAGAAAGUCACGGGAUUGUAUCCAACAACAUGUAUGACGAGGACAUUGAUCAGAUAUUCUCUCUCUCCGCAAAAACAGGCAAGGACCCGAGAUGGUGGAAGGGAGAACCGAUAUGGAUAACAGCAAUGAAGCAAGGAUUGAAAACUGCCACGUACUUUUGGCCAGGCUCCGAUGUUAACAUAUCAGGGAUGUAUCCCGAUUUUUGGAAACUCUACGACGGAAAAGCCGGAUACAGUCAGCGCGUAUACGAUGUUUUAGAUUGGCUUACUAUGCCAGAGGAGACUAGACCUGACUUUGUUACGCUGUAUUUUGAUGAACCGGACCAUGCCGGCCACAACAAUGGUCCAGAGAGUGACGAGGUGAAUGGACAAUUAGAAACUGUAGAUGAAUUGUUGCAUAUUCUGAUGUCCAAUUUGUACGAGAAAGGUCUUCACAAUUGUAUCAACAUGAUCGUACUAGCUGACCACGGAAUGUCACCACAAAGCUGUGAGAGGAAGGUCAGUUUGAAAGACUUCUAUCCAGAUAUAGAGGAUAUGCUCAUGUUUGACAGGGUGUUUGGGCAGAUAUUUCCACAGUUUCAGAAGGAUGAUAAAUACAAUGCUCACAGACUGAAUACAUCCUUUCAGUUAGAGGAGAUAGUGCAGAGUUUAAUGUGCAAACAUUCAGCAAUGAAGGUGUUCACUAAAGACACUAUGCCAAGACGCCACCAUUAUACAAACUCUAACAGAAUUGGGCAAGUUUCGAUUGAUAUGAAGGAUGAAUGGCUUGUGUUUAGUGAUAGUACAACUUGGUGCACCGGUGGAAAUCACGGAUGGGAUAAUACAAAUAAAAACAUGCAUGCUUUAUUUCUUGCCCAUGGUCCAGCUUUCAAAGAUAAUUUCACGGCAGAGCCAUUUGAGAAUAUAGAAUUAUACGAUCUAAUGGCAGAGGUAUUGAACAUAUCAGCUGCACCAAACAAUGGUACUCGGGGUAGUUUGCACUAUGUUCUCAGGUCAAGUAAACCUCUACCUAAGCCAGAUCUGUCAACUGUUAAAAACUGCCAAACCGGUAAAGCAGGAUUAUUGUUAUCUUGCGGAUGCAGCAACAUUCAUGACCUUGUUAGUUCUGAUGUACUCUUAGACCAGGACGACAGCGUGUUACCCUUUGGUACACCAACAAAUACAAAUGAUUCGGUUUGCAUGUUACACCAAAAGGGAUUCUCAGUCGCCUUUAGUCAUGCAUUUAGUGGCCCAGUCAUGUUAGCGACGACGUUGAAUAAACAAUCGCAAGUUAUAACAGCUGGUUCGGAUCUUUGUAUAUUAAACGACACCCGUGUGCCAUCCACUGUUGAUCUAUGUUCCACUACUAUGAAUGAUUCUGAUGUAAAACUAUUACCGCUCCUAGGAAAAGUUGCCGAGUUGGCAAGCGAUGCUUACCUGACAUCAUCAGUGGUCCCUCUUUUCACUGGAUUUCAUAAUGGAAUAUGGAAGUACCUGUUUGAACUGCUCACAGAUUACAAGACACGUUAUGGUAACAUCAGCUUUACAGUUGGGACAAUUUACGACUAUAACAAUGAUGGGUUGUGGGAAGGAAUCAUCAGUGAAACACGGUAUUCGGACACAGAUGGUGUUCUUCCUAUCCCAACGCAUAUCUAUGCAAUACUUAUCAAGUGCAAAGUUACCGAAGAACAGCUGCCAUGUAAUGGAAAUAUUGACAUACUUCCAUUUAUACUACCAAACUUGAAAGAGGCCCCUAAUUGUUUGAGACCCGAUGUUUACUUAAAGGACAAUGUAGCAAGGAUAAGAGACAUAGAAUUACUAACAGGUCUACAGUUCAUGACUUCUUUUAAUGUUUCCACUGCUGCUAGACUUAGGACAUUUCUACCAGAGGAUAUUUGGGAAACCUCUAUACCACGUACGUGGGAAGACGAACAAUGUCCACAUCAAGACUUGUGCCAAUCUGAUUACAAGCCUACGUUACUGAUCUCGCUGGAUGGAUUUCGUGCGGAUUAUCUGUUGAGAAAUAUGACUCCAACGAUUUCUAGACUGAGCAAGUGCGGUGUACAUGCACCUUAUAUGAGAUCAGUUUAUCCAACAAAAACCUUUCCAAACCACUACAGUAUUGUCACUGGACUAUAUCCAGAAUCUCACGGGAUUAUAGACAACAACAUGUACGAUAUGGAAAUAGGGAAACGGUUCUAUUUAGGUAGCAACACAUCAGGUGACCCGAGAUGGUGGGGUGGCGAACCGAUAUGGUUAACUGCCAAAAGACAAGGACUCAAAACGGCGACUUACUUUUGGCCUGGGUCUGAUGUUAGAAUUCAGGGAGAGUAUCCAGAUAUCUUUAAGAAAUAUGACGGAUCAGUGCCGUAUUAUUCUCGUAUACAUGAUGUUAUUUCCUGGAUGUCACUUCCGAAAGGAGAGAGGCCUGAUUUCAUCACCCUGUAUUUUGACGAACCAGAUUUAGCCGGACAUAAACAUGGUCCAAGUGACGAAGCUGAGAUUGGUGCAACUUUAGCACGUGUAGACGAAACCAUUGGUGAACUGAUGGAUGGAUUGUUUUCUAGGAAGCUACAUCAUUGUGUUAAUCUUGUUAUUAUUGCUGACCACGGAAUGGAUGAUGUAAGUUGCAAGAAGAUUGUUCGCCUCAGUCAUUACGUUGACAAAGAUUACCUGAGCGGCAAUUUUUACGUUUGGGAGGGACCAUUUGGCAGAAUAGCGAAUACGUACCGUUAUAAUUCAACCAUACGUGGCAUAUGGCCAACUGACAACCCAGAACCUUAUGAUGAUCUGCUGUCAAAUAUAACGUGUGCAAGUCCUCACAUGAAUGUGUACCAGAAGACGUCACUUCCUGUUCGUCAUCAUUAUACAAACAACGAUAGAAUUGACGACACAAUAUUAGAUAUUGAAACAGGAUGGCUGGUCACUCGGAGUUGGGUCAAAACAUGUCGGGGUGGUAACCAUGGAUACGAUAACAUUUACAAAAGCAUGGAGGCGUUAUUCCUUGCUUAUGGUCCUGCGUUCAAAUGGAAUCAGACAAUCGAACCAUUUGAAAACAUUGAGCUUUAUAACAUGUUUACUGAAAUUUUGAAUAUUACUGCUGCCCCGAAUAAUGGAACUGUAGGAUCUCUGAACCAUAUUCUAAAGGAGCCAAUGAAUGUUAAACUUGAAGAGAAGUAUGAGGAAUAUAAAAACGCUUCAUCGCUAUAUAGGAACGCAGAGGAAUAUGUUUCGAUCGUGAAAUCACAAACUUGUGCUGGAAACUGUUCGUCUUUGUCUGAAAAUGAGAUAAAGACAGUCUACACUACCGUAUCUGAAGCCCGACCAGAUAUAAGGCAUAUCCCACUUGGACAACCAAAGCUUGAUGCAAAUUCAUUUCGGUCUAGAAAUGUGGCGCUACUUCAUCAUGAGGACUAUGUAUUGGCGUAUGAUAAACAGCUGGAGAUACCAGUCUGGAUAUCACAGACAUUGAACGGAUCACAAGUCACGGGUCCACUGGAAAUUAGGAGUUGCUACAUACCAGACCCACGGAUACAGCAUCAGUCUAAAAAUAUGUGUGAACCCAGUCAAGAUGUAAUGCACACGUUAUUAAACGAGUAUUUCCAGACAGACCGAAGUCGUUCCACCUUUCUAUCAUCAGGUCUAACCAGAAUGAAGUCUUCGUUUUAUGCAAAUAUUUGGAGACCAGUUAUGAACUUCAUCAGUAAUAAGAUAUCAAAUCUUGGGAAUGUGAACGUUUUGCUAGGACCAGCAUUUGACAAUGACCAUAACAGUUUGCCAGAUAGUGUUAAAAUAAGCAACAGCAGUCUUCCAAGCCAUUAUUUCAUUAUCCUUACAAACUGUAUGGAGAAGCACAAGAAGAUUGAUGCGUGUGAGAAAUACCACAUAGAAUCAUACAUCAUUCCUCACCUUAAUCAUACCACAAUAUGCAAGGACAUCGACACAUUCUUGAAAGAAAACGAAGCAAGGGUCCGGGAUGUUGAAUUACUUACCGGCCUUGGACUUUUAACAGCAGUACCGUUUGAUGUUGCCGUCCGCUUGAGAACUUUUUUACCACUUAGUUUUGGAUAGCUUUAAUUAUUGUAACAUUUCAAAGUGUAUCUGUGUAUAAAACGUGAAUUUGCGCGUUUAGCAUUUAGUACAUGUAUUUUGAGAUAUGUACUGCAAAAUUUCGUUGUUGUGUUCUGCAUGAAUUGAGUUGUGGAAGUUGUUUUAUGAGUAUGUGUUGAAAGAAGUUUAUAAAAUCAGUAUCUGUGAUAUCUGCAUUGAACUUGCCGAAUAAAAUCAAGCAAAAUCCAUGAUUUUCUGCAUUUCCUUCCAUGAUUUUGUUUCAUUCACUAUUGAGCAUUUUAGUUGUCCACACUGUAAAAGAAUAUUCAGUGAUGCCUUGAUCAUACUAGUAACUGUUAUUCUGUGCGAGUAUCCAUAAUUACGUUUUUGCAUUUUUGCUUGACAGAAAUGCACGUCUCAUUCACUAUUGUAUCACAUGACACCAUCCCAUUUCUAUGUAGAUUCAGUUUCGUGUAAUUUAAUAUCAAGAACAAGCCAUGCAGGUAUUUAUAGUCAGAGUAUCAGAUAUACUAGGGAUAAAAUAUUUUAUUUUCAGAGAAUUCCAUUGAAACCUAUUAUUCAAAUAAAACUAUAUUUUACUUGAA